GUCCACGGUCCGAGUAGAUAAGAUCGCGCAGACGGGUUGGGGAAGAAGGAGAGAAAAAAAAAAAAAUCGCAGCCUGCCAGACUAACCCUAGCAUCUCAUCUCAGCAGCAGCUAGGGUUUGAGAUGGCGGCGGCGGCGCGUCAGCGGGGGACGGUGAAGUGGUUCAACGAUACCAAGGGCUUCGGCUUCAUCUCCCCCGAGGACGGCAGCGAGGACCUGUUCGUGCACCAGUCGUCGAUCAAGUCGGAGGGCUUCCGCUCCCUCGCCGAGGGCGAGGAGGUUGAGUUCUCCGUCUCGGAGGGCGACGACGGCCGCACCAAGGCCGUCGACGUUACCGGCCCUGACGGAUCUUACGUCAAGGGCGGGAGUGGAGGAGGCGGAGGCGGCGGGGGUGGCUACGGCUCCCGCGGAGGCGGCGGAUCUGGCGGUGGCGGCCGCAGCUAUGGCGGUAGCUGGGGCGGCGGCCGGAGAUCUGGCGGCGGAGGUGGAGCCGGCGCCUGCUACAAGUGUGGCGAGCCUGGCCACAUGGCCAGGGACUGCCCCAGCGCCGACGGCGGCGGUGGAGGCUACGGUGGCGGCGGUGGCGGCUACGGAGGUGGCGGAGGUGGCUGCUUCAAGUGCGGUGAGCCUGGCCACAUGGCCAGGGACUGCCCCAGCGGAGGUGGAGGCUACGGCGGUGGCGGCGGCGGCGGCUACGGUGGUGGUGGCGGCGGCGGCGCCUGCUACAACUGCGGCCAGACCGGCCACAUGGCCAGGGACUGCCCCAGCGGUGGUGGUGGCGGUGGAGGGAGGUUCGGCGGCGGCGGCGGCGGCGGCGGCGACCGCUCCUGCUACAACUGCGGCGAGGCCGGCCACAUCGCCCGCGACUGCCCCACGUAAGGUGGGUCCCGGUCCGGGCCCCGUCCCGCCAGAUCAGAUCGGAUCGCUCCACCACCUGCUGGUCUGAUGGCGCCGCCUCCCCCCUUCUAGAUCUCGCCUAAGAAACCUCUCACUGUGUCUCUCUCAGAGUAUCGCUUUAGUUUUGCCGAUCCGGGCGCCCAUGAGCGCCCGCCGCCGCCUCCUCCUUCCACCCUGCUGCAGAGGAGUGCGUCAGUCCGUCCAUCCGUCCGUCGUUUUCAGAUUUUGUUUCCCCAUCUUGGGUUCGUUUGGUUCGUAGAAGAACUCAAGUUAAGUUAUCAUCAUCGAGUGUGCUUGGUCUCGUUGUCAGUCGUUGUUAAGGUUUUAAGAAGAAUUGAGAAGUGAGAUGGAUUGGUCUUGUGUUGCCGAGGAGAUGUCAAAUCUGCCUCUCUCUCUUUUUUUUUGUGGUUUUGUUCUUCCAGACUGAGGAAGGGAGAUCAGAUGAUUAUUAUCCCAGAUUAAUCGUGCUUGCUUGUUAUUUCC